GCUACUUCAUUAAUUAAAGAAGCGCAAACAGUUUAGAGAUUCAUUUUGAUUUAUUCCAUCACACCCAAAGCCAAAAAAUGGUGAAAUUUUGGCUCUAUCAGGCCAAAUAAAAAGAAAAGUAAAACAUGUUUACAAAUUACUUGAGAAGUAAAACGCUCAUCAGUAGACCAGAAAAGACGAAUAUCUGGAAUAUCGAACAGAACCAUUGCCAAUCGUUCCAGUCCAAGUCCAAAAGCCCAAGCAACCUCAUCCAUUCUCCCACUUCUUUUCAGUAUUUCUUGCUCUGUUACCCCACAACCCAAUACUUCCAUCCACUUCUCCUCAAAACCCUUGCCACGCCCUGCCAUAGAGGGAAGCGCGGCAGUGGGCGAGGAAAAAAAAGGGUCGCGAGGCAAAAUUGAAGCAGCAAAAUCUUGGAAAAUCAUCCGUCACUCUCUUCUCCGCGCUAGUCUUCUCCAGCCAUCAUCGUUCACCUGCGACCCUCAGAGCGAAGAAGUCUUAACUUCUAGGCCUUACGACACACCUGACAAUCCUUUUGGGGUCUGAAGCAUUAUAAAUAAUGGAAGGGCAUGAGUGUUUAAGUGGGCAUGGACCUGAUUCGACGGAUUGUGGCAAAUUUCGUGAUCGAAAAUUGUUGGUAAGAAGUGCUAUUCUCAAGGCUUGUGGAUCCGUUGUAUCUGUUGUGACUUAUGAUUUGCCAGAUGACAUGCUCAAGCGCCGAGGCAGUAGAUUAAUGGUGCCUUGUUAUUCCUCCAAAGAACCUAUAUUUUGGGGUUCAGGGAUAGUUAUAGAAUGUGAAUCUAAUGCUAGUGGUACUUAUUACUUGACGGUACUAACUACAGCAAUGAUUUUUAAGCGUACAAAUAAUCUUCAACCUGGUGAUGUUGUGGUUGACGUGGGUUUGCCUGAUGGAGAGGAAUUGGAAGCAAGGGUUAUAUGUUAUGACUUCCACUACAACCUUGUAGCUUUGAAGGUUGAGUCAAGUUGUGCCAUGCCUGUUGCCAAUAUGAAGUUAGUGGAUGACGUUCUUCCGAUGGAUCCCGAAGAGCUACUUCCACAUUCUUUUCAACUCCGACCACAUUCCGACCGAGUGAAGUUAGUUCCGGGAGAGCUUGUGAUUGGUCUUGGGCGUCAUUAUCGUGGUGAUCUAAUUAAUGCCGUGGGAUUUUACAGCCCAGAUCCAACAGGAGAGGAGUGCACGGAACUGUACGGUGCAUAUUUUUGCAAUCAUAUACUAGAGGAUGGUGGGCCACUUAUAAAUCGUAUGGGACAAGUGAUUGGAAUCAAAUUUCACACAAGGGGACACCCUUACACUACCUUCUUGCCGACAAAUAUUAUUUUGAAGUGGUGGAGUCAUUAUAAGAAGUUUGGGUAAAUAAUCUCUCUCUCUCUCUCUCUCUC